AUGAACACAACUGAGAAGUUUUACCUUCCCGUUGAUGGCAUCUUCGAAAUGUUCAACUCUCUCACCAGCUAUCACCAAUCACACAUUACGCACCUAGUCCUGCAGAGCACAGGCCUUACCCCGGCACUCCAGCACCCCAAAGUCUCAAACAUAUCGAAGACAGGUAUGGGCAUCAUCAAAUCGGUUAAAGGGCGAUGGAGAGAACAGGAUAAGAGGGCGGCUGCGAUUAGAUCCUCAAGUUCUGGCAAUCGGCAAGUAUCAACAGAUCGAGCCCCAAAGAGGUCCGUGGAUCUGCAGGAGUUGGGUCUGACCAAGCCCAGGAACUGCCACAGAGUAGUUGUGCUUGGCGCACCCAGAGUAGGCAAAACCAACAUCCUCCAGCGGUUUUUGGGUAAAGAAUUUGAGGAGCACUAUCAACCCACAACUGAGGACUUCCACAGAAAGCUGUUCCACAUCGGAGGGGAGGCGUACCAGGUUGAUCUUCUAGACGCAUCAAGUGAGAGGGACUUCCCUGCAAAACGGAGGUUAUCUGUAUUGACAGGUGACAUAUUUCUGCUCGUCUUCAGUUUGGAUGACAAAGACUCUUUCAGUGAAGUCUGCGAGCUGCUGAACGAGAUCAAAACUGCCAAGGCAAAGUUACUAAAAUUAAAAAAUCCCGCGAGAGUGCCGGCCGUGAUAUGCGGGAAUAAAGCGGACUUGGAAACGCGGAGAGUCGUCAGUCGGUCAGAAGUGACAGAAGUCCUAGGUGAGGGGGUCUCAUUCUUCGAAACCUCGGCUAAAGACGGUUCCGGACUGGAGAGUAUGUUCGGAGCUCUUGCCUCCCUGGGCGGACUGCCUGACGAGACCAGUCCGUCACGGCAUCAGAUCGUAUCCAUCCCCACCUACCAGUCGCUGUGCAUCGGCCAGCAAGGCAGCAGAGGGAGCCGGACGCGGGGACUGAUCGGUGCGCCCUGUGCCGCCGUGGACCCUCUGGCUCGCCGCCCGAGCUUCAACAGCGACUUGCAGCUUGUGCUUGGAUCAAGCACCAAACACAACAAACCAGAGAAGUGUCAGAUUCAAUGA